AUGACGAACACAGUACGCGCUUCAAAUAUCUCGGCGAUCUUAGCAGUAGGAGAGGAGUUGAGACAACUACUUCAUGCAGAAGACCCUCCUAUAAUAAAAGAUAGGCGUUACCACUUGAAAGUCUAUGAAAACUGUUUUGUGGGACACGAAAUGGUAGAUUGGUUGCUGAGAAAAGGAGAAAGUGGAGAGCAGAGCAGAGGCAUCUGUGAUGAUCAUGAGUUUAAAGAUGAGAAAUUAUUCUUUCGUUUUCGACGUGACGAUAAUACUUAUGAGGAGCCUCCAGACGCUAUGAUAGUUGCUAAGGGACAACGAAUAUAUAGCAGAUAUAUAGAUAUGCAGUCAGUUGUUAGUGAUCCAGUUGGAUACGGUUUUGUUAUCAGAGGAUCUCGACCAGUUUAUGUCCAUACAGUUGAUCCCAGUGGACCUGCAGCAUCUGCUGGACUACAGGUUCGUGAAUAUCUCCAUUAUGUUAAUGGACAGGAUGUAUUAGAUAAAUCACACACUGAUGUAGCACGUAUCAUUUUAAUGGGAUCAAGUACAGCAUCCCUGGUUACAUUUGUGGAGAAAGAUCGAUUACCAUCAAAUUAA